AAUAAUUAAUGAACAUAUCACUCACUAUGCAAUGUUGUAGUACAAUCUGGAUUUUCUCCUGAAACAGAGUGUGAUUUUUGUGAUUUUUGGUGGUGUCGUUUCAAAGAUAUAGGGGAGGCAAAUCCGAAUAUCGAAUACAAAACCAACUUUACCACGCUACAGUGGGCUCCCUAGCAAUACUGCCCCAGAGCCCUUCUCACGCGACGAAUUCUCACGCGAUUCCAGCUGGCGCGCAUAUAAAAGGCUGGAAUCACCUUGCAAUCGCCUAGUAAAGCCAUCAACCGAGCAAUCACAAAACGUCAGUCGCGCGAGUAGUUCUCACGCGAUUACUACCGGCACGCGAUAUAAAAAGGCAGGAGUCGGCAAUCACCUAGUUAACAACAGAACGUCACUGCACGCACCAUGGCUGCAGAGAGGAACGUGCUCAUUGUGUACGCUCACCAGAGCAACGGAUCAUUUAACGCUGCCGCAAGAGAUGCAGCUAUGGAGGUGCUGCAGAGUCAGGGCUGCCGGGUGACGGUGUCCGACCUGUACGCCAUGGGCUUCAGGGCUUGUGCCACCGCAGACGACAUCAUUGGGGAGCUCAAAAAUCCAGACAACUUCCAUUAUGGUGAAGAAACCGUGCAGGCCUGGAAGGAAGGCCGUCUGACCGAUGACAUCAAGGCAGAGCAUCAGAAAGUGCGGGAGGCCCAGCUCAUCAUCUUCCAGUUCCCCAUGUACUGGUUCAGCGUGCCUGCAAUCCUGAAGGGCUGGAUAGACCGAGUUCUGACUCAGGGCUUUGCCUUCUCGCUGCAGAACAUGUACAGCAAUGGAAACUUCAAGGAUAAAAAAGUGAUUUUAUCUUUUACCACCGGAUCCACGGAGGGCAUGUUUCUUCCAGAUGGAGUCCAUGGAGACAUUAAUGUGGUACUGUGGCCCUUGCAGAGUGGGACUCUAUACUUCUGUGGCUUCCAAGUGCUACCGCCUCAGAUCUUCUGGGCCCCAGGCCACAGUCCUCCUGAGACACAGAAGGCCAUGCUGGUGGCGUGGCGGAAACGACUGGCGACACUGUGGGAGGAGACACCCCUGAGCUUUACUCCUACCAACUUGUUCGACAUGAGCUUCAGCGGGGGCUUCCGGCUCCUCCCUCAGGUGAAGGAGCAGCGCCAGGAAGAGCCCUACGGCCUUUCCACAGGGCACCACCUGGGCAAGCCCAUCCCCCCCAACAACCAGACCAAGGCCUCACCCCCUCAUGACUAAGCAGACAUAGGUGCACCGCUCACUGCCACUUUCAUACCCUAACCGUUAAUGGCAAUCUCCCUCAUUUUUUUAAUAUAUAUAUAUAUAUAUUGCACGUUUCAUUUUUGAAAGAAUGCUAUGAAAGCAUGGAAGAGAUUCUCAUGUAUCAGUCACUGAUUGAUUUUACCAACUUACUGCAGAUUAUUAGGUCACUAAUGACCUUCAUUCCUAACCCCCUGUGCAUCAAAAAUAAAGCAUGAUAUAUUCUA